UGCAUCAAUCACAGACUAUUGUACGAGUUAACAAUAUAUCUGCCAAAAUGCUUGGACAAACAUGCAGAAAAAUUACUGGAAGUCUCAAUGUUUCCCCUCGUAUAGAGUUCAAGCGAUAUUUGUGGAGAAACAGCAUCUGCCAGCAGAAAAUAGACAUUACAUUGAAAUAUACAGAUGAAGCAAGUGGAUCAAAAGCUAACAAAGAACCAACUUUGUACGAGAAAUUCUUAAAGAACCCCAAGUCUGUUCCUUUAAUCACAUCCAGGAAGUUAGAGAACUGCAACAAAUACCGACAGCCCCGGCAAGCCUGGCUGGAGACCCUCAGUACUGUAGAGGACCAUAAACUGGGCAUGCUAGAUCUCCACCCAGACAUAUUUGCUGUACAUCCAAGGCUUGACAUACUAUACCACAAUCUUAGAUGGCAGGAAUUUUACAAGAAAAUAGAUUACAAUUGGACCCCUAGUCGAGGUGACCUUGAUGUGUCGGGUGGGAAACAGAUGCCCCAGAAGGGAACCGGGAGAGCCAGGAACCGCAACAGGAGCUCCAUUAUGUUCAGAACAGGUGCCAAGCCACUGGGUCCUAAAGGACCAAGAGCUCUGUUUUACAUGUUGCCCAAGCAAUACAGAGUUCAGGGCCUUUGUACAGCUCUCUCCUUUAAAUAUGCUCAGAACAACUUACACAUAGUGGACUCAUUGGAAAUUCCCACAGAUGACCCAGAGUACAUUCAGGAUUUAAUCGACACAAGGUUCUGGGGAUUCUCCGCCUUAUUUGUGGACGAUACUGAUUACAUGCCAGAAAACAUAACUUAUGCAUUAGCAGAAUUUCCUUCCUAUAACAUCCUACCAGUAUAUGGAUUAAAUGUGCGAGAUAUGUUGAAACAUGAAACUUUAAUAUUGACACUAGCAGCGGUGGAAAAGAUUGAACAGAAGCUGUUGUUUCACUCCAGCAGGAACAAGAGAAGUUCCAAGUUCUCUAUGGACACAAGAUAUGACCAGUACUGAUUUUUGUAAUGAAAGAGAAAUAAAACAAAGCAUUUUA